GCAAGCUUGGCAUAAGUAUAAAGGCAUGAUAUUUCAGAGCCCUUGUACUAUAUCUCAGGUCUCUGAUUUCUCCAUUCACUCAUCUCGACGUUCAAAACACAAGCUCGACAACCUCCAUGGCUUCUAACGCAAUUUGCACAAUCUCUAUGUCCGAGCCCACACAAUUCAUUUUACCUGAUUUUUUUAUAUCUCGCGCUUCUGCUCAAUGGCUUUGUAGCGAAGCCCAUCUAGUAGAACCCGAGACUGCCAAAUAUACUAUGAUCUUACGCCCAGGUUACCUCGCUUCAGCCUGUUACCCUGAUGCAGAUGCUUUCCGUCUCAAAGUCUGCACGGACUUCCUGGGCUGGUCGUUCAAAAUGGAUGACUGGCUCAAGAUCGAUAGGCUUGAUGUUAAUGAUGCAUGGGGAGUACGUGACUGCUGCAUGUCUGCGUUUCGCGAUCCUGUCAACUUCCAGACGGAACAAUAUAGUGGAAAGGUGUGCAAAUCAUUCUUCAGUCGCUUUAAGGAGGGUGGCGGCCCUGGUCGCACAGAGCGCCUCAUCCAUGGAAUGGACUUGUGGUUCAUCUCUGCGGCAAAGGAGAUGGACAACCGUGCCAAAGGGCAUGUCCAUAAUGUCGAUUCUUACAUCGAAUUGAGGCGCGACUCGAGCGGCUGCAUGGCUUGUUUUGCCUUUAUCGAAUUUUCCUGUCAAAUUGAUCUUCCCAACGAAGUAGUCUCGCAUCCGGUCAUCAUGGCUCUGGAGCAGGCUGCCAAUGACACUGUUUCUUGGUCAAAUGACAUCUUAUCCUAUAACAGAGAGCAAUCUCACCGUAGCACACAUAAUUUAGUUGCUGUGCUCAUGGUCGAUCAAGGCCUCGACCUGCAAGGCGCUAUUGACUACUGCGAUCGGCUAUGCAAUGUCUCCCUUCAACGCUUCAAAGACAACCGUGCUAUCAUUCCCUCAUGGGGAGAAGAAGUCGACAAGCAGGUGGCUAUCUACGUCCAAGGAUUGCAGGACUGGAUUGCCGGUUCGCUACAGUGGUCCUUUGAGUCCGCUCGCUAUUUCGGGAAGGAUAGACACAUUGUCAAGCGGGACAGAAUUGUCAAGCUACUUCCUAAAUGACCAUUGUGAAAUCGAAAUUCCACGGCUAUGAUGACAAGUCAAGCAGAGAGAGGAGAGAACAGGAGAGACGGUCAAGCAGGCAUAGAACACGUCGAAGCAGAGUAGAGAAGGCAGUACCAUGUAUGUACUUCAGGGACGUAGAGCGCGGCGCACUUGAAUUAAGAAACCUUGGCUAGCCAAGAUCAUUUGACAAAGGAAAUUAGGAAAGGUAUAGGUACAUUGCGGUAUGACCAACAUUCC